AUGCAAGCCGUUCGUCAGUGUUCAGUGUGUGCUGCAGGAGGACUUCUGAGAAACCAGACAGACUUUUCAUUUCUGCGGACCAGCAAGAGUAUGCUCAGGAGAGGAGCAGCCUGCAUCCGCUCCAUAAGGUAGGUUAAAAAGUGUUCAUAGUGGCCAGUUUUCCACUUUUUAGGAUGCAUGUCAUUAUCAGCAUACUAACCUGCUUGUAUUCUGCUCUUUAUUUUCUGCAGCAUUUCUGAGAGCGGACAGUUCAAGCCUGGAGUUCAAAAGUUAGAGGACAAGACAAAUACUGCACACAUGAACACUGCACCAACAAGCAUUGCCCGUGGACUCAACACAUUCCCCUUCACGCAGGUUCGUCCUCUUCUCAUGCCAGAACAAAAUCGAUCCUUAUUUAUGAACUGAAGGAAAUUGAAGAAAGAUGUUGAGAUACUGAGUUUUGACCCUUCCUUCCUCAGCAGGUGGAAAACCUCUCUCACGAAUCCCUGAUCAGAAGAGCAGCCUCUGUGGCGACAGAUGGCUCCAGCGCCUUCCUCUCACAGACCACCUCAGCUUUCAUUGACGCCCUCACAGACUACUCAAAGGUAGGUUUCUUCAUCGUUCAUGUAGGACUGUAGGAUGUGUAAACCACUGCAACAAUGAGCCUUUAAAAAUGACCCUGCACUCCCCCUGACUGUCUGCCGUCUCUCUGUUUGAUAACAGGCCGUGCACACUCGUACCACUUUCCAAAGACGCUAUGUGGCGACCCUGGGGAAGCUGACCCCAGCAGAGGAGGACUCACUCCUGGAGGUGAUCAGUGUCAAGCGUGCAGAGGUAGGUUUUGCAUAUCUUUUUUUCCCUGCAAAAAUCAGCUCCAACUAUUUGCAGGCUCAAACUAAAUAUACUUGUUAUUUACUUUGUCUCAUCUGUUUGUCCCAAAAGGCCAGUGAGAGACUGGAAGACUGCAAACGCUUUGAGUCUACCUGGAUCAAUGCUGUCAACUUGUGCAAAAUGGCAGCCGAGGCAGCACAUAAAUCAGGUAAAUAAAAUGUGUGAUGACAUGAAUAUGUAGUUUUGAGGCUUAAUAAAGUAAUUCAAAAGGAACUAAACUUGCUGUCUUGUUGAUUGUUGAAUUUGAGCAGCAUUUUGACAGAAUCUAUGUUUUCAUGUGUCUCCAGGAGCUGAACACGCGUCCAUCGCAGUGAGAGCAAACAUCCAGGUGGCCCAGUCACAGGUGGAGGAGGCUCGUAAACUGUCAGCAGACGCAGAUAAGAAGCUAGCGGAGACCAAGGUGGAGGAGAUCCAAAGAAUGGCUGAAUGUGCUGCUUUCAGAUGGGAUAGUGAGGAGCAUGAGGUGCACGAGGCUUAUCUUAGAGAGGACUGAGGCAAACAGACACUUUCUGUUUUUAUCUCUUUUCUCUGUCUCUUUCCUUUUUGGAUCCUGUAAUAUUGUUCAGCCUGUAAGACUUACUGUAUCUAAAAGGGGAAAGUAUGAAAUAUAUAUAACUUAAUCCUUUAAGGUUGCCUAAAUUAUUAUUUAUCACUAUUUAUUUGAUCACUGAGUGUCAGCUACUUAAAAACAAUUGAAAAGUGAGAAUAACAUCUCCUGUUUUGGUAUUUGGCUGCAGUGAGAUUGAUCCAUCAUUGUAGCACAGUGUUGUUAUUGUAUGAUUUUGUGUGAAAAUAAAUACAUUUAGAGAAAAAGUAAUGCUUUCAUUGUCAUAUCUCCCAUAAGACAGGAGAAAAGGAGUAUUUAUUCAGAUAAUUGUUUUUUUUCUGGCCAUGUCUGCAGUUCCUUAAAUACAAGCCUUUUUUUUUUUUUUCAUAUUUUCAUCAGCGUCCUUCUGGCAACUUGCUUAUAAACUGGUGUUGAAUUUCUCUUGAAAUAAAUGGAGAGUAAUCUGCAAUAUUCGGACGAGUUGAGGGAGCAAGCUCUUUAUUUGGGAGAGCAGCCCCCUAUACCUUUGGGUCUCAAAACAUGUUCCCCCAUGCUUUCUAAAGUACUGCACAAUAUUUGUUAAAGUCCAAAUUUAUGGCAUUUCUGAAACAUCAACAAAACUAGAGGGAUCUUUUAAAAUUCACAAGUGUGCUGAAAAGGCUCUGGCUAAAACAUCUGUGCAUAACCAAAUCCCCUUUGUGGAGGAGUGCCGUUCUGACAUCUCACGAGAUUUCUCUUGUUGCAGCCAGGAAAACAGAGGAUACAGUAUGUGACUGAGAGACCAGGAGAGUCACAGAACGGCUCCAUACUGGACCAAUUUCAGAAACUGCUCUCCCCAUUAGGCAUGCAGACACUAACACUCAGAAAAAUAGGGCCCAGGUUGUAAAACAUCGACUUCCCUUAUUGCAUUUGCAUAAAUUCAACAAUUCAAUUAUUAAACAAUCAAUGCGAGUGUGAUUUCAGUUGAACACAGUAAUGACAAAAAGCUCUUACAACUUUAAUAUUUUUAUUAAAUUAAUUUUAUUAAUAACAUUUACAAGAUGUCCAUUGUUUUCAGAAUCAACUCAUAUGUAAGUAUGCAUUAAACUGAGGAUAGGACUGAAAAAAAGCACAUUCAUCUGAAUGAGUCAAGAUGCUUUCUGUGUAAUCUUAAAGCAAUCACAGUUUAACACGAAACCAAGAAGACAGUUGAUAGCAAAAGCAACAUCAGCAGCUGUUAAUAAUAAAGAAUUACUAUUACGAUAUCUAACUCACUUUCUAACUCACUUAAAUAAAUUCAGCACCACAGAAAUAAAAUGAAAAUGUCACUGAUAUUUAAGCCCACAACUAAAGAAGUCAUUGAUAACUGUGAGUUGAAUUCAUCAUUAAAAAGCUGGUGAUUCCUUGUAUAAGCCACAAAAGAGAUUACAUUUCAGAGCACGAAAAAAGGCUUCAUCCCUGAGGCCGUAGAUUAGAGGACUUAGACAUCUUGGACCUAGAAUAAAAAACACAUAAGUAAAAGUCCUCAGGUUUCCAACUACUACAGUAUCAGGAAUAUGGAGAUUAGCUUCUAUGAGGGGUAUCCAAAGCUGCAUCAGACAGAGCAGCAGCUGGAAGGCAUGUAAAAUGACUGUUCUUAGACCUUUCUGUGUUGACUCUUUGUUAUCUCCUGAUGCCACUUUGGCCACUUUCAUUAUUUUAACAUAGCAGAAUACAAUGAUGACACUCAUGAUCAAGAAAUAAAACUGAUACACAGCUGAGUGGACAUGUCGUGUCCAGUAAUGCAUGAAAAUUCGUGUCCUUUCACAUAUUUUGUAUUCGAAGUAAAAGCUGACAGGUGAUGAGGAAAAGAUGACAAAGAGAACAAUCAAGCAGGGAACUGUGCUGAGGCCCUGUAUGAUGAAGAUGCAGCAAAAAGUUCUGCGCAUGGAGCAGAGCUCUUCAUGACGCAGGGGCAUGCAGAUGGACACAUAACGCUCCAGGGUCAUUGCUGUCAAAGUAACUGGUGUUACAACAACCCACAGAAGUGUCACAGAGCAGAUGAUCAUACAAACCCAUAUUGGCAAUGUGACUCUAAAAUAAAACAAGACAAGCAGGAUAUCACUGAUGAUUAAAAUCAGACUAUCUGAGUGUAAGGUAACAGCAAAUAAGAUGUAGCGUGCAGUUGUGUUGAAGCACUCCCUCUGGAAAAAUGUUACAAUUAAGAAAAUGUUAAUGCAGAGAAAAAUGACAACCACAAUCUGCACAAUAAUAACAAAACGGUCUGUAAAUAGCUGAAGAGAGAACCCAGCACCAUCCAGCAAGGUGUUAUUUGCCAUCACUCUCCUCAGCAGGUAGCUGUUAAAGCAGUGAAAAAUGACAAACUGUGAUAAUGCUUUUGAAAGAGAAAAGGUUAAAGGCAAACCUGCAUUCAUUCUAAGAUAAUCAUUCACAUAAAGUCCUUUACCAAUAUUCAUUGCUGUGCCAAACCUCUUAACCUCAGGUUUCCAAGGACUGGUGAUCGUCUUUGAAGAGUUCAGAGCAAGUGCUGUCCACAGAUGACUUCACAUGAGUGACCAGGAUACAGGCAAAGUAACAGCAAAUUUAACCUCUCUUAAAGCACUGUUGUCAUUCCUGCUCACUGUCUGUCACCCUCAGUGGUCCCUCCCUGUACAGGCUGUAUCGUGAAGUAAACAAGGCAUCAUUAUCCCAGUGGCACACAACACACGUGACACUGAGAGUUUUCCACUUUUUCAGCUCUACAGGCUCAAGGCUUUGUGUUUGGACAAUAUGAAUAUUCAUACUGUAUUUCAUUGAAAUUGAUUCACCUGCUACUGAGAUCAAUCAAUAAAUCAAUGAAUCAAUCUUUAUCUGUAUCCCACCAAUUUAAUACAUAUAUUAUCUCAUGAAGCUUAACAAGAAGAGCUGGUCUCCACUCCUCUCUUCAUGAUAUUCACACAGACCCAAUGUGAUGAUGGGUUAAGCUUUGAGCAGAACCAGACCCAUGUAUGACAGACAUCUGCUCCUAUUGUAGUGGGUUUAGAGAGGAGAUAGAGGGAGAAGCAGAAAAGAGAGAGAUGGACAGAGACCAACAAUUACAAUAAUACAUAUGUGUGGUUACACGAUUAGAGACAUGUCACCAUAGGUCAAAUCAUGGCCCAAAAGGUCAGAGUCAGGAGUGUACCUGCACCACUGUUAAAUGGCAGUACAUUAAAUUAUAGUCUGUUUCUAGUACUCAACUUUGCUUUCUAAAAUGGUAUUGAUCCUAGAGAUACACAGAGGAACAAGAAACAGGAUUGAUACACAGGGGAAAAAAAACUUGUUAUUCCACAGCAGUUAAUUUUCACUCACCUGAGGCCUGUGGUGCACUAAAGUAGACCAGCCCACAGAAGGUUAUCAUUGUACUUAUUGAAAAAAGGCUGAGAUGUGUAUGGCUGGGAGAAGAAGCUGAACAGCAAGAAUUUAAGUAAGUAAGUGUUGGUCCAGUAGAGGUAUGAUGAAGAGGGUUCACUGUAACUAUCAAAUGACUCGGAGAAGCUGUUUACCUCUUUUUUAUCUUUCUCUCUGCUCUUCUCUCAUAUAGGGGAGUAAGUGGAGCGAGAGCAUGCAGCCCAACAUGGCAGAUCUGAUCUCUGACCCAACCAGGCUUCAUGCCCUGGCCCUGGUUUCCCUAUCCUCUUUUGUACAUCCUUGACUCUUUCUGUUCCCUCUCUGUUCUCUCCUUGCAUCCCGUGUCAAAGUGGGGGAGUAGGGGGAGGUAGAUGUGUACAGACUUGUUAGGGUGAUUUUCUUAAGCCAGUCAUGUCAGCCUUUAGAGUGGUGGAGCUGUGUCACUCAAAUACCUCAGAUACUUUGGUACUAGAUUUCUGGAGCCAUGGGCCUCCAACAACUUUCCUCAACAAGGACCUUGUACCCAUGUUUAACAUCACUCGGGCUCCCAAAAUAUGUUGUGCUUUGUUAUUACCUUAUAUGGACUCUCCUUUAGGCCAACGAGAUGCAAGUGGAAUGUUUGGAAACGUGGACGACUUUAUACGUAUACUUAAAGAGUCUCAGACCAUUCUUUGUUACACUUAGGUGACACUUGUGUUACACUUAUGGUACACUUGUGGCAUGAUGAAGCUGUAACCCAGAUCUGCAACCAGUAAAGCUUGUCAAAACGAUCAUUCUUGUGGACCUUCCAUUUUUUAAAGUGUGAACAUGGGCGAGGCAUCCUUACAAGACUGACCUUGAAGGGUGAGCUCAGGCCUAAACUGGCUUCUUCUUCUGGCUCUGCCUUCCCUCUUCUCUUUCUUGCACCUUUUACUUUUCUGUUGUUAUUUCUCACUUUCCUUCCUGUAUCCCAGAACGGAGUGGGCGAAUAAGGGGAAAUAGAGUAUACAGCCAGAGUCCAGUAAGGGUCAGCUCUGGCCCAAAAAGGCCCACAGAGGCUCUACUUUCCCUGUUGUCUAUGAAGCAUCUCGUGCUUUCUUAUUUUCUUCCUCUUCUCUUUUUGCAUCCCUUAUUGUAGUGAUGAGGUAAGACUAAGAUUUUUGAGGUUUUGAAAGAUAAAUCCUUCUUUAAACAAAACAUUGAGAAAAAUCUCUCAUCAAACUUUUGAGUGUUAUCUAAGUUUUCAAACAGUGAUGAAGUGUUAACUAAGUCUUCAGAUGUUUUGCACCAACAGAGAAGUCUUUGCAUAAUUAAUGAAGCCAUUAAACAGCAGCUUAAAUUGGUUUCACUGGAGUUUGUUUUGUCACACAGGAAUACAGACAGUGAACUUGUUAUGGUCAUUAUUGCAUCAAAGUUACACAAGACAAGACAUCACACCAAGAACUUUUUCCCCUGGAUGAUGAAAUUUCACUUUGAGUGUCUCAUGCCUGUGUAGGCCAGAUAGUUUGAGUUUACAGACUUUCCUCUAAAGUUUUCUAGCCUUGAUUAUAAAAUUAUGUCAUAAUGAUAGAAUCUUAAAAGUAUCUGGUUAUACUUUUGUAAAUAUUUAAAUGUCCAUGUUUUAAGAAAGAGGUAUCACAUAGCUGUGAUAGUAUGUAUCUGAAAACCUUCAACUUUCAUUUGAUGUCAUUGAAUGAGUCAAGAUUUCUGACUGUUUUGGUCAUAUUUUACAAUGACUAUCUUUUUUUUCACUGUCAAUCAAUUAUACAAGUAAGGUUAUGAUGGUUUUGAUCAUAACAAAUACUUAUUGUAAAAGUAAAAAAACAAGUGGAAGCCAAGGCAGCUCAUACAUCAGGUAAAUAAAUGUGUGAUGAAGUGAAUCUGUAGUUUUAAGGCUGGAAACACAUGACUUCAAAAAAACUCAACUUGCUGCCAUGUUGCUUGUCUAUUACAAGCAGUAUUUUGACAAGAUUUGUGUUUUCAGGUGUCUCCAGGAGCUGAACACACAUCCAUUGCAGCAAGAACAAACAUCUAGGUUGCCCAAAGAAUGGCUGAAUAUGCUGCUUUCAGAUGAGAUAGUGAGGAGCUUGAGGUGCAUGAAGUUUAUUUUACAGGGGACUGAGACGAACAGACACUUUCUGUUUUUAUCUCUCUUCUCUGUCUCUUUUCUUUUUGAAUCAUAUAAGAUGGUUCACCCUGCAAGACAUUUAAAAGGAGAAAACGUGAAAUAUACAUAACUUAAUUUUUAAGGAUGUUUCAAUUAUUUAUCACUAUUUAUUUGAACACUGAGUGUCAGCUACUUUAGAGCCAUUGAAAAGUGAAUGUAACAUCUCCUGAUUUGGUAUUUGGCUUCAGUGAGAUUGAUCCAUCAUUGCACCACAGUGUUGAUAAUUGUAUGGGUAUGUGUGAAAAUAAAUAUAUCUGGAGAAAAGUAAUGCUUUCAUUGUCAUGUAUAAGACAGGAGAGAAAGGAGUAUUUAUUCAGAUAACUGUUUUUUUUUCUCACCACGUCUGCAGUUCCUUAAAUCCAAGUCUUUUAUUUAUUUAAUAUAUUUUAUUGUCUUUAUCAGUGUACCUCUGAUGACUUGCUUAUCAACUGGUGUUACAUUUUCGUGAAGUGGAGAGUAACCCCAUAGCUACCUGUGGGGACUGGUUUAAUAAACACUCUGACUAAAAAUCCCUACUUUGAAAAAUCAAACUUCCUAAAAAUGUCUUUUUUCCAUGUGCUUCUGUGUAUUUGACUGUCACAGUGAACAAUUUCUGGAGCUGGUCGAGGAUUGAAGGACAGCGGAGCUGUAGCUAGCAACCGCGGAACUCGCUAAAAACAUCUUUGUACAACCAAAUCACGUUUGUGGAGAGUCCUGUUGUGACAUCUCGCGAGACUUCACUUGCUGCAGCCAGGAAGACAACAGAGGAUACGUGAGUGGAGACACUGGAAAAGUCACAGGACGGCUCAAUACUUGAUCAAUUUUAGAAACUAUUUUCCACAUCAGACGAGCAGAAACAAACACACAGGAAAAUAGGGGCUAGAUGUAAAAACACCGACGUUCUCCGUGAUCAUCGUUUGUGUAUUAAAUCAACGAGGCAGUUAUAAAACCUUUCAAUGAGAGUGCGCAUUCAGUUAAACUCAGCAAUGACAAAAAGCUCUUACAACUUUAAUAUUUUUAUAAAAUUCAUUUAAUUAAUAACAUUUAGAAGUUGUGCAAUGUUUUCAGACUCAACUCAUACAUUAGUAUACAUUAAACUGAAGAUAAGACUGAAAAAGAAGCACAGUCAGUCACCUGAAUGAGUCAUGAUGCGUUCAGUGUCACUCUUAAAGCAAUCACAGUUCAUCCUAAAACAAGAAACCAGGUAAGGUUAAGGUUUAUCCUCUUUUUAUUGCACUGAGUUGAUUCAAAAUAAUUGUCCAGACCUCAGUGAAAGGAUCCAGGACUAAAUUUAAAGAAAUCGGUCAUUGUUAGGAUUUGAACCCAGGAAGAACUAUAAACUGUUUGACAUCGCCACACAAUUUACUAGUCCAGGAGCAUCUGCUUUAUUUGCUGGAAGAUUAUGAUGGAAAGAAAAUUAAUUUAUUGGAGGAAAUCUGAAGUUAUUUCUAAAAUAAGUUUUAAUAGACUGUAAAAUUAAAGAGUUUUUUUUACAGGAUAGGCCACAAAAAAUGACAAAGUUGCCACAAAAUAUUGAUUUUAAAAUAGUUUUAUUAGUUUAAAAAUAGCUUGAAAAAUAGUUUCAGUUCCAGAGAUGGUCAAGCUAGAAAAAGGAAAGCUCUAACUCCAUUCUGUCUGGAGUUUGUUUUAUGUUUUUUGUCACAAAGUAAAUCUUCAUUUCCAUCCUCAUGUCUUUAAACCACUCCUUUUUUUCUUUUUCUUGUCUUGUCAGUUGCUGACAAUCACGAGUUUUUCUUGCAUGAUUAUCAAAAAUAUCCUCUAGUUGUUUACUGAUUCACACUGUUUUUGUCACAGUGUCUGCAUGCAGAGGGUGAAACGUGCCAGAGUCCUUGUUGUUGAUUGUUUGAUUUGAUGUGUGGGAACAUGCUGCAGUUUUGCAACACUUGUCAACUAAUACCACACCUUUGCUAUGGGAGAUCGGUUAAUCAAAAUCAGAUAUCUAACAUGACCAGAUAAUAUAAAAAUAGUAUCAUAAUACUGCUUAGUUAUAAGCCUUAGUUAUGACUUAAUCUGUAUGUAGAGGAUCUCCAACAAUGAGACUUUAAAAAUGACCCUGCACUCCCCCUGACUGUCUGCCGUCUCUCUGUUUGAUAACAGGCCGUGCACACUCGUACCACUUUCCAAAGACGCUAUGUGGCGACCCUGGGGAAGCUGACCCCAGCAGAGGAGGACUCACUCCUAGAGGUGAUCAGUGUCCAGCGUGCAGAGGUAGGUUUUGCAUAUCUUUUUUUCCCUGCAAAAAUCAGCUCCAACUAUUUGCAGGCUCAAACUAAAUAUACUUGUUAUUUACUUUGUCUCAUCUGUUUGUCCCAAAAGGCCAGUGAAAGACUGGAAGACUGCAAACGCUUUGGGUCUACCUGGAUCAGUGCUGUCAACUUGUGCAAAAUGGCAGCUGAGGCAGCACAUAAAUCAGGUAAAUAAAAUGUGUGAUGACAUGAAUAUGUAGUUUUGAGGCUUAAUAAAGUAAUUCAAAAGGAACUAAACUUGCUGUCUUGUUGAUUGUUGAAUUUGAGCAGCAUUUUGACAGAAUCUAUGUUUUCAUGUGUCUCCAGGAGCUGAACACGCGUCCAUCGCAGUGAGAGCAAACAUCCAGGUGGCCCAGUCACAGGUGGAGGAGGCUCGUAAACUGUCAGCAGAUGCAGAUAAGAAGCUGGCCGAGACCAAGGUGGAGGAGAUCCAAAGAAUGGCUGAAUGUGCUGCUUUCAGAUGGGAUAGUGAGGAGCAUGAGGUGCACGAGGCUUAUCUUAGAGAGGACUGAGGCAAACAGACACUUUCUGUUUUUAUCUCUCUUCUCUGUCUCUUCCCUUUUUGGAUCCUGUAAUAUUGUUCAGCCUGUAAGACAUACUGUAUCUAAAAGGGGAAAGUAUGAAAUAUAUAUAACUUAAUCCUUUAAGGUUGCCUAAAUUAUUAUUUAUCACUAUUUAUUUGAUCACUGAGUGUCAGCUACUUAAAAACAAUUGAAAAGUGAGAAUAACAUCUCCUGUUUUGGUAUUUGGCUGCAGUGAGAUUGAUCCAUCAUUGUAGCACAGUGUUGUUAUUGUAUGAUUUUGUGUGAAAAUAAAUACAUUUAGAGAAAAAGUAAUGCUUUCAUUGUCAUAUCUCCCAUAAGACAGGAGAAAAGGAGUAUUUAUUCAGAUAACUGUUUUUUUUCUGGCCAUGUCUGCAGUUCCUGAAAUACAAGCCUUUUUUUUCAUAUUUUCAUCAGCGUCCUUCUGGCAACUUGCUUAUAAACUGGUGUUGAAUUUCUCUUGAAAUAAAUGGAGAGUAAUCUGCAAUAUUCGGACGAGUUGAGGGAGCAAGCUCUUUAUUUGGGAGAGCAGCCCCCUAUACCUUUGGGUCUCAAAACAUGUUCCCCCAUGCUUUCUAAAGUACUGCACAAUAUUUGUUAAAGUCCAAAUUUAUGGCAUUUCUGAAGCAUCAACAAAACUAGAGGGAUCUUUUAAAAUUCACAAGUGUGCUGAAAAGGCUCUGGCUAAAACGUCUGAGCAUAACCAAAUCUGCUUUGUGGAGGAGUGCCGUUCUGACAUCUCGCGAGAUUUCUCUUGUUGCAGCCAGGAAAACAGAGGAUACAGUAUGUGACUGAGAGACCAGGAGAGUAACAGACCAGCUCCAUACUGGACCAAUUUCAGAAACUGCUCUCCCCAUUAGGCAUGCAGACACUAACACUCAGAAAAAUAGGGCCCAGGUUGUAAAACAUCGACUUCCCUUAUUGCAUUUGCAUAAAUUCAACAAUUCAAUUAUUAAACAAUCAAUGAGAGUGUGAUUUCAGUUGAACACAGUAAUGACAAAAAGCUCUUACAACUUUAAUAUUUUUAUUAAAUCAAUUUUAUUAAUAACAUUUACAAGAUGUCCAUUGUUUUCAGAAUCAACUCAUAUGUAAGUAUGCAUUAAACUGAGGAUAGGACUGAAAAAAAGCACAUUCAUCUGAAUGAGUCAAGAUGCUUUCUGUGUAAUCUUAAAGCAAUCACAGUUUAACACGAAACCAGGAAGACAGUUGAUAGCAAAAGCAACAUCAGCAGCUGUUAAUAAUAAAGAAUUACUAUUACGAUAUCUAACUCACUUUCUAACUCACUUAAAUAAAUUCAGCACCACAGAAAUGAAAAUGAAAAUGUCACCAAUUUUUAAGACCACAACUAAAGUAGUCAUUGAUAACUGUGAGUUGAAAUCUUCAUUAAAAAGCUGGUGAUUCCUUGUAUAAGCCACAAAAGAGAUUAAAUUUCAGAGCACGAAAAAAGGCUUCAUCCCUGAGGCCGUAGAUUAGAGGACUGAGACAUCUUGGAGCUAGAAUAAAAAACACAUAAGUAAAAGUCCUCAGGUUUCCAACUACUACAGUAUCAGGAAUAUGGAGAUUAGCUUCUAUGAGGGGUAUCCAAAGCUGCAUCAGACAGAGCAGCAGCUGGAAGGCAUGUAAAAUGACUGUUCUUAGACCUUUCUGUGUUGACUCUUUGUUAUCUCCUGAUGCCACUUUGGCCACUUUCAUUAUUUUAACAUAGCAGAAUACAAUGAUGACACUCAUGAUCAAGAAAUAAAACUGAUACACAGCUGAGUGGACAUGUCGUGUCCAGUAAUGCAUGAAAAUUCGUGUCCUUUCACAUAUUUUGUAUUCGAAGUAAAAGCUGACAGGUGAUGAGGAAAAGAUGACAAAGAGAACAAUCAAGCAGGGAACUGUGCUGAGGCCCUGUAUGAUGAAGAUGCAGAACAAAGUUCUGCGCAUGGAGCAGAGCUCUUCAUGACGCAGGGGCAUGCAGAUGGCCACAUAACGCUCCAGGACCAUUGCUGUCAAAGUAACUGGUGUUACAACAACCCACAGAAGUGUCACAGAGCAGAUGAUCAUACAAACCCAUAUUGGCAAUGUGACUCUAAAAUAAAACAAGACAAGCAGGAUAUCAGUGAUGAUUAAAAUCAGACUAUCUGAGUGUAAGGUAACAGCAAAUAAGAUGUAGCGUGCAGUUGUGUUGAAGCACUCCCUCUGGAAAAAUGUUACAAUUAAGAAAAUGUUAAUGCAGAGAAAAAUGACAACCACAAUCUGCACAAUAAUAACAAAACGGUCUGUAAAUAGCUGAACAGUCAACCCAGCACCAUUCAUCAAGGUGUUAUUUGCCAUCUCUCUCCUCAGCAGGUAGCUGUUGAAGCAGUGCAAAAUGACAAACUGUGAUGAUGAUUUUGAAAGAGAAAAAGUUAAAGGCAAACCUGCAUUCAUUCUAAAAUAAUAAUUCACAUAAAGUCCUUUACCAAUAUUCAUUGCUGUGCCAAACCUCUUAACCUCAGGUUUCCAAGGACUGGUGAUCGUCUUUGAAGAGUUCAGAGCAAGUGCUGUCCACAGAUGACAUACAUGAGUGACCAGGAUACAGGCAAAGUAACAGCAAAUUUAACCUCUCUUAAAGCACUGUUGUCAUUCCUGCUCACUGUCUGUCACCCUCAGUGGUCCCUCCCUGUACAGGCUGUAUCGUGAAGUAAACAAGGCAUCAUUAUCCCAGUGGCACACAACACACGUGACACUGAGAGUUUUCCACUUUUUCAGCUCUACAGGCUCAAGGCUUUGUGUUUGGACAAUAUGAAUAUUCAUACUGUAUUUCAUUGAAAUUGAUUCACCUGCUACUGAGAUCAAUCAAUAAAUCAAUGAAUCAAUCUUUAUCUGUAUCCCACCAAUUUAAUACAUAUAUUAUCUCAUGAAGCUUAACAAGAAGAGCUGGUCUCCACUCCUCUCUUCAUGAUAUUCACACAGACCCAAUGUGAUGAUGGGUUAAGCUUUGAGCAGAACCAGACCCAUGUAUGACAGACAUCUGCUCCUAUUGCAGUGGGUUUAGAGAGGAAAUAGAGAGAGAAGCAGAAAAGAGAGAGAUGGACAGAGACCAACAAUUACAAUAAUACAUAUGUGUGGUUACACGAUUAGAGACAUGUCACCAUAGGUCAAAUCAUGGCCCGAAAGGUCAGAGUCAGGAGUGUACCUGCACCACUGUUAAAUGGCAGUACAUUAAAUUAUAGUCUGUUUCUAGUACUCAACUUUGCUUUCAAAAAAUGGUAUUGAUCCUAGAGAUACACAGAGAAACAAGAAACAGGAUUGAUACAAAGGGGAAAAAAAACUUGUUAUUCCACAGCAGUUAAUUUUCACUCACCUGAGGCCUGUGGUGCACUAAAGUAGACCAGCCCACAGAAGGUUAUCAUUGUACUUAUUGAAAAAAGGCUGAGAUGUGUAUGGCUGGGAGAAGAAGCUGAACAGCAAGAAUUUAAGUAAGUAAGUGUUGGUCCAGUAGAGGUAUGAUGAAGAGGGUUCACUGUAACUAUCAAAUGACUCGGAGAAGCUGUUUACCUCUUUUUUAUCUUUCUCUCUGCUCUUCUCUCAUAUAGGGGAGUAAGUGGAGCGAGAGCAUGCAGCCCAACAUGGCAGAUCUGAUCUCUGACCCAACCAGGCUUCAUGCCCUGGCCCUGGUUUCCCUAUCCUCUUUUGUACAUCCUUGACUCUUUCUGUUUCCUCUCUGUUCUCUCCUUGCAUCCCGUGUCAAAGUGGGGGAGUAGGGGGAGGUAGAUGUGUACAGACUUGUUAGGGUGAUUUUCUUAAGCCAGUCAUGUCAGCCUUUAGAGUGGUGGAGCUGUGUCACUCAAAUACCUCAGAUACUUUGGUACUAGAUUUCUGGAGCCAUGGGCCUCCAACAACUUUCCUCAACAAGGACCUUGUACCCAUGUUUAACAUCACUCGGGCUCCCAAAAUAUGUUGUGCUUUGUUAUUACCUUAUAUGGACUCUCCUUUAGGCCAACGAGAUGCAAGUGGAAUGUUUGGAAACGUGGACGACUUUAUAUGUAUACUUAAAGAGUCUCAGACCAUUCUUUGUUACACUUAGGUGACACUUGUGUUACACUUAUGGUACACUUGUGGCAUGAUGAAGCUGUAACCCAGAUCUGCAACCAGUAAAGCUUGUCAAAACGAUCAUUCUUGUGGACCUUCCAUUUUUUAAAGUGUGAACAUGGGCGAGGCAUCCUUACAAGACUGACCUUGAAGGGUGAGCUCAGGCCUAAACUGGCUUCUUCUUCUUCUGGCUCUGCCUUCCCUCUUCUCUUUCUUGCACCUUUUACUUUUCUGUUGUUAUUUCUCACUUUCCUUCCUGUAUCCCAGAACGGAGUGGGCGAAUAAGGGGAAAUAGAGUAUACAGCCAGAGUCCAGUAAGGGUCAGCUCUGGCCCAAAAAGGCCCACAGAGGCUCUACUUUCGCUGUUGUCUAUGAAGCAUCUCGUGCUUUCUUAUUUUCUUCCUCUUCUCUUUUUGCAUCCCUUAUUGUAGUGAUGAGGUAAGACUAAGAUUUUUGAGGUUUUGAAAGAUAAAUCCUUCUUUAAACAAAACAUUGAGAAAAAUCUCUCAUCAAACUUUUGAGUGUUAUCUAAGUUUUCAAACAGUGAUGAAGUGUUAACUAAGUCUUCAGAUGUUUUGCACCAACAGAGAAGUCUUUGCAUAAUUAAUGAAGCCAUUAAACAGCAGCUUAAAUUGGUUUCACUGGAGUUUGUUUUGUCACACAGGAAUACAGACAGUGAACUUGUUAUGGUCAUUAUUGCAUCAAAGUUACACAAGACAAGACAUCACACCAAGAACUUUUUCCCCUGGAUGAUGAAAUUUCACUUUGAGUGUCUCAUGCCUGUGUAGGCCAGAUAGUUUGAGUUUACAGACUUUCCUCUAAAGUUUUCUAGCAUUGCUAAAUAAAAACAUGUCAUAAUGAUAGAAUCUUAAAAGUAUCUGGUUAUACUUUUGUAAAUAUUUAAAUGUCCAUGUUUUAAGAAAGAGGUAUCACAUAGCUGUGAUAGUAUGUAUCUGAAAACCUUCAACUUUCAUUUGAUGUCAUUGAAUGAGUCAAGAUUUCUGACUGUUUUGGUCAUAUUUUACAAUGACUAUCUUUUUUUUCACUGUCAAUCAAUUAUACAAGUAAGGUUAUGAUGGUUUUGAUCAUAACAAAUACUUAUUGUAAAAGUAAAAAAACAAGUGGAAGCCAAGGCAGCUCAUACAUCGGGUAAAUAAAUGUGUGAUGAAGUGAAUCUGUAGUUUUAAGGCUGGAAACACAUGACUUCAAAAAAACUCAACUUGCUGCCAUGUUACUUGUCUAUUACAAGCAGUAUUUUGACAAGAUUUGUGUUUUCAGGUGUCUCCAGGAGCUGAACACACAUCCAUUGCAGCAAGAACAAACAUCUAGGUUGCCCAAAGAAUGGCUGAAUAUGCUGCUUUCAGAUGAGAUAGUGAGGAGCUUGAGGUGCAUGAAGUUUAUUUUACAGGGGACUGAGACGAACAGACACUUUCUGUUUUUAUCUCUCUUCUCUGUCUCUUUUCUUUUUGAAUCAUAUAAGAUGGUUCACCCUGCAAGACAUUUAAAAGGAGAAAACGUGAAAUAUACAUAACUUAAUUUUUAAGGAUGUUUAAAUUAUUUAUCACUAUUUAUUUGAACACUGAGUGUCAGCUACUUUAGAGCCAUUGAAAAGUGAAUGUAACAUCUCCUGAUUUGGUAUUUGGCUUCAGUGAGAUUGAUCCAUCAUUGCACCACAGUGUUGAUAAUUGUAUGGGUAUGUGUGAAAAUAAAUAUAUCUGGAGAAAAGUAAUGCUUUCAUUGUCAUGUAUAAGACAGGAGAGAAAGGAGUAUUUAUUCAGAUAACUGUUUUUUUUUCUCACCACGUCUGCAGUUCCUUAAAUCCAAGUCUUUUAUUUAUUUAAUAUAUUUUAUUGUCUUUAUCAGUGUACCUCUGAUGACUUGCUUAUCAACUGGUGUUACAUUUUCGUGAGGUGGAGAGUAACCCCAUAGCUACCUGUGGGGACUAAAAAUCCCUACUUUGAAAAAUUAAACUUCCUAAAAAUGUCUUUUUUCCAUGUGCUUCUGUGUAUUUGACUGUGACAGUGAACAAUUUCUGGAGCUGGUCGAGGAUUGAAGGACAGCGGAGCUGUAGCUAGCAACCGCGGAACUAGCUAAAAACAUCUUUGUACAACCAAAUCACGUUUGUGGAGAGUCCUGUUGUGACAUCUCGCGAGACUUCACUUGCUGCAGCCAGGAAGACAACAGAGGAUACGUGAGUGGAGACACUGGAAAAGUCUCAGGACGGCUCAAUACUUGAUCAAUUUUAGAAACUAUUUUCCACAUCAGACGAGCAGAAACAAACACACAGGAAAAUAGGGGCUAGAUGUAAAAACACCGACGUUCUCCGUGAUCAUCGUUUGUGUAUUAAAUCAACGAGGCAGUUAUAAAACCUUUCAAUGAGAGUGCGCAUUCAGUUAAACUCAGCAAUGACAAAAAGCUCUUACAACUUUAAUAUUUUUAUAAAAUUCAUUUAAUUAAUAACAUUUAGAAGUUGUGCAAUGUUUUCAGACUCAACUCAUACAUUAGUAUACAUUAAACUGAAGAUAAGACUGAAAAAGAAGCACAGUCAGUCACCUGAAUGAGUCAUGAUGCGUUCAGUGUCACUCUUAAAGCAAUCACAGUUCAUCCUAAAACAAGAAACCAGGUAAGGUUAAGGUUUAUCCUCUUUUUAUUGCACUGAGUUGAUUCAAAAUAAUUGUCCAGACCUCAGUGAAAGGAUCCAGGACUAAAUUUAAAGAAAUCGGUCAUUGUUAGGAUUUGAACCCAGGAAGAACUAUAAACUGUUUGACAUCGCCACACAAUUUACUAGUCCAGGAGCAUCUGCUUUAUUUGCUGGAAGAUUAUGAUGGAAAGAAAAUUAAUUUAUUGGAGGAAAUCUGAAGUUAUUUCUAAAAUAAGUUUUAAUAGACUGUAAAAUUAAAGAGUUUUUUUUACAGGAUAGGCCACAAAAAAUGACAAAGUUGCCACAAAAUAUUGAUUUUAAAAUAGUUUUAUUAGUUUAAAAAUAGCUUGAAAAAUAGUUUCAGUUCCAGAGAUGGUCAAGCUAGAAAAAGGAAAGCUCUAACUCCAUUCUGUCUGGAGUUUGUUUUAUGUUUUUUGUCACAAAGUAAAUCUUCAUUUCCAUCCUCAUGUCUUUAAACCACUCCUUUUUUUCUUUUUCUUGUCUUGUCAGUUGCUGACAAUCACGAGUUUUUCUUGCAUGAUUAUCAAAAAUAUCCUCUAGUUGUUUACUGAUUCACACUGUUUUUGUCACAGUGUCUGCAUGCAGAGGGUGAAACGUGCCAGAGUCCUUGUUGUUGAUUGUUUGAUUUGAUGUGUGGGAACAUGCUGCAGUUUUGCAACACUUGUCAACUAAUACCACACCUUUGCUAUGGGAGAUCGGUUAAUCAAAAUCAGAUAUCUAACAUGACCAGAUAAUAUAAAAAUAGUAUCAUAAUACUGCUUAGUUAUAAGCCUUAGUUAUGACUUAAUCUGUAUGUAGAGGAUCUCCAACAAUGAGACUUUAAAAAUGACCCUGCACUCCCCCUGACUGUCUGCCGUCUCUCUGUUUGAUAACAGGCCGUGCACACUCGUACCACUUUCUAAAGACGCUAUGUGGCGACCCUGGGGAAGCUGACCCCAGCAGAGGAGGACUCACUCCUAGAGGUGAUCAGUGUCCAGCGUGCAGAGGUAGGUUUUGCAUAUCUUUUUUUCCCUGCAAAAAUCAGCUCCAACUAUUUGCAGGCUCAAACUAAAUAUACUUGUUAUUUACUUUGUCUCAUCUGUUUGUCCCAAAAGGCCAGUGAGAGACUGGAAGACUGCAAACGCUUUGGGUCUACCUGGAUCAGUGCUGUCAACUUGUGCAAAAUGGCAGCUGAGGCAGCACAUAAAUCAGGUAAAUAAAAUGUGUGAUGACAUGAAUAUGUAGUUUUGAGGCUUAAUAAAGUAAUUCAAAAGGAACUAAACUUGCUGUCUUGUUGAUUGUUGAAUUUGAGCAGCAUUUUGACAGAAUCUAUGUUUUCAUGUGUCUCCAGGAGCUGAACACGCGUCCAUCGCAGUGAGAGCAAACAUCCAGGUGGCCCAGUCACAGGUGGAGGAGGCUCGUAAACUGUCAGCAGAUGCAGAUAAGAAGCUGGCCGAGACCAAGGUGGAGGAGAUCCAAAGAAUGGCUGAAUGUGCUGCUUUCAGAUGGGAUAGUUAG